CACUCUUCUUUCUUUUCUUCAUGCAUUACCCAUUACCUUUGCAUAGAGAAAUACAACAGCAUUCUUUUUUCCCCCUACUUCUCUUCCACUCUCGCCACGCGCCACUCUUCUCUAUUUUUAUUUUCAUGUUUAUUUUUUAUUCCUUUUUAUGCCAAUAAAAGAUAAACCGAUAAGUGCAGACUCAAAUACAAAGGCAACAGCAAUGAAGCAAAAUCCACUUGAAAUCCCAGAGAUUCUUGCCAGGAUCGGAUACUAUCUACAUCCAUGGAAUAAACCCAAUGUAUGGCCAGAAGGACGGCACCAACGUCGGACUCCACGCUUCCGCCCCAAGGAUCUAAUUGCCUGUACGGAGGUUUCAAGACUUUGGCAUGCUUGUUUUAUUCCCGUGUUGUGGUCUCAUUACCGGGAGGGGGCUAUGGAACACUUGGGUACUGUAAGGGCGAUCAGGCUUACGGAUGAACAACGGAAUAAUCCAUCAGUUAUCUCUUUAUUGAGGGAGAAACAGUGGAUGCCAGGCACGGCUAGCUAUAAUACUCAUCAGAGGAUUGAACAUAUGAAUAACAACAGUAACAACAGUAACAACAACAAGAGUCGUCUAACUAAAGACGGUAAUGGUGCCUAUGACAUUCACAGCAGUAGUGAUGACAGCUAUCAGCCAGAGAUGGAUGGCUCGGACGCGACAAUACAACCAUACCAGUAUGCCACUGUGUCACUCAUCCAGAAAUAUGCGCACCAUAUCCGGGUCUUUUCCACUUCUCAUGGGCAUGGGCUUCGACCUUUUCGUGAAAGUGACUCGCCUGAACCGUUACUUUUCCUACCGUCUUCACUUAUUUCUGGUGAAGGAGCAGAAGAAAUACCAGUAGACAAAAGCAGUAGCACAACGAGGAGCAACUCUUUACAACCAUCUCAUCUAGACCGAAACCAACAGGUCCAACGCUGGCUCCCAGAUACCAAAAAAGUAAAAGGAGGAGAGGAAGUAUCGAGGCUAUUAUACCGUCAUCCACAUCAAUUCAUGAAUGCCACACAUAUCAAAGUACUAGCCAUUCGUGAUUGGCAUGAUACAUUCGGUGCCCGGAUAUUAAGACAGAAUCGUUCCUCUGGACACUUCGGGCCAGCAGCAGCAGCAGGAGGGAGUGGGAUAAGGCAGCUCUACUGGACAGCCAAGGAUCAUACACAGAUGGUUAUAAUAGACACUGUUGUCCACGGUAUGCUUCCGUCUUUAGCUCACGACACUGGCAUGGAUAUUGAUGAUAUCAAUGACCACAAUGAUAUCAGCACUGGUCCAUUGGGUGAUGACCUUAUGAGAUGGAAAUUUAUAGCCAAGGAAUUAGGUCAUUUAUUCCACACGCAUGAGACAGGAAGCCAGACCCAGAUGGGAGCAGAGCUGAUGGUGCUGACGAAUCUAACGGAACUAAAGCUGAUCAACACUCCUCUUAGCAGUGAUGAGAUCCUGACCAUCCUGCGAAACAACCUUGGCCUGCAGACGCUCUCUAUCGCACUGUCAGGUAUAGACAUUGAUGACUUGGAAAUAACAAACACAGGAGACUAUGAAAUAGGGGACAACAGCAAGGAUAAUGACGAUAGUAAUGAUGACAACAACAGUAAUGGCUCAUAUUCACCGACAAGCACGUUCCUCCGUGAACAAUGUUAUCAGAAUAGCACUAAGACUGAUAACAUUUCUUCAUGUCAGCGUCCAAGGUUAUCAAAAAUAAGAAGGGAGCCAUCCUGCCUCCCUCAUCUGACUCAUCUUACCAUUGCUCUCGGCCGAGUCAAAUCCUGCAACAUCGUUGAUCUCGUACUAGCAACGCCAGCGCUACAGUCUUUGACAUUAGAGUCCCUGAAUGGGCUGUUCCCUGGCUGUAGAGAGGAGCUGGACGCCCAAGUUACGCGCCUCAUCAAAAACCUUGAGACUGGUUGUUGUACGCAGCUUGAGUCCUUGACUAUCAAUGCGCCCACAAUGAGCUUACAGGGUGGGCGUGCAGUGCUACAAGAAGGAGCCUAUCCGGGGCUCAUUCGGGCGGCAGCACCAGGACCCAUAGCCACCAUGGCUAAUCCAUCAGCUAUUCCUAUUUCUGCUUCCUCCAUGGCCUACACGAAGCCACCUCAAGGACCUCGAGUGCGAGUGGGUCUGAAAGAGUUGUCACUACAGAUGCAAGUACUGAGCGCAGAAUUCGUGGACGCAGUGCUGGAUAACGCCUCGACAUUGAUGUCGCUAAGCCUUGACGUUAUGGGGGAGACUGUUUAUCGUACUACGGAUUACAUUCCCCGUCAUCGCCAACUUGUCUCAAGAAAAAACUCUGACAACAAUAACGGCAAUAGUAAAAACGGAAACUUUGAUGGUGUUGAAGCUGACAGCAAUGAAGAGGGCGAAGAAGAAGAAGAAGUUGAGCAGGGAGCAUACAAUGAGCUGCGACCAAGCCGAGAUAUGUACCAGCUAAAACGGCUCUUGCGUGGAUGCGGGCAUCUAGAGAAACUGAAUAUCCGUUUUGAACUUCCAGAGAUCUCAGAGGAGAGAGCACUCUCAUUGUUCUGGCCAUCAAAGAUGGGGGAUAGGUGCCAAUCCCAUAUCAGUAAAGCGAAGCCCAUGAGCACGUUAUUACAAGCUCCAGUAUCAAUCCUUGUUCAAGCCAUGUUACCAAUAGUCUCCUCAUUUCCUUUCUCAAGGUUAUUUUCUUCCUUUGCUUCAUUUUGUUCUGCUUCUUUUACCCCUCCUCCUGCGUCUUCGCCAUCAUCGCCAUACAUCUCCUCUACAGCUAUUAAGUCUGGUGUUUUUUGGGCCUGCAGUCCUGUUCUCAAGGAAUUGGAACUUCACGGAAUAGGAUUGGUGGCGGUGAAGCAAUUUAGACCAAGAUUCUUAUGCAAACCAUAUGAUCCGUUUGAAGGCAAAAACGGAUAUGGAUGGUCUAGGUUUCAAGAUCAGUUGUGUGAUUUAAUUCAAGGAAUGCCUCGGUUAGAGAAGUGCGUUUUGGAUAGGGACGAAUACUUUCGAAAGAAUAAGGAGAAUUAGAAUACAUAAUCUGCAAUAGAUAUAACCCAAAUAAAAAGCAAUAGAUUCAG